UUUAGUGUAUAAAUAUAAAUUAAAUAUAUAAAUUAUUAUGAUGAGUUAUUAUGAUGUAAAUGUAAUGAUACUAGAGAAAAUGAAAAACUUUUCCUAAUUAUAUAUAAAUAUAUGUAAUUGGAGAAAUUAACUAAAUGAGUAGAGCGGCUUUAUAGAUGGAAGUAAUGACCCAUUAAACUACAGAAGCACAAAUUAAGCCGUCAAAAAUUGCCACUUCUUUGAUGAAUCAACAUUGUUGGUUGUAAAUUGUAAUCCUGUUGUAAUGAAAAGUUAAUGUUUGUAGCAGAUAGAGAGAGACAUUGUUCAUAAAAAUUAAGCAUGGGUUGGUUCUCAUCAUCAAAGAUGUGCACCAUUAAUAUUGUGAUGGCUUUCCUGGUGUCCAUGAUCUCAAAGGGAUUGGCUCUGUCCAUCAGUUUAAGCGAUAUGGAAUGCGUAUCAGAGCAUGUUUUUCAUGAUGGUGACAUCGUUUCUGGCAGUUUUGUUGUCAUGGACCAUGAUAUUUUCUGGAAUUCUGAUCAUCCUGGCAUUGAUUUCACUGUGACAGGUCCAGGUGGAAGCGUGGUGCACUCUUUGAAGGGAACGUCCGGGGACAAGUUUGAGUUCAAAGCGGUGCAAAAUGGGAUCUACAAAUUCUGCUUUAUUAACCCUGUUUCAACUCCUGAGACUGUUUCUUUCUACAUUCACAUUGGCCACAUUCCUAACGAAAAUGAUUUAGCCAAAGAUGAGCAUUUGGACCCUAUCAAUGUGAAGAUUGCAGAGUUAAGAGAGGCAUUGGAAUCUAUUGUAUCAGAGCAGAAGUAUUUGAGAGCGCGGGAUGCCAGACAUAGAUACACAAAUGAGAGCACUCGAAGAAGGGUAGUGUUCUACACAGUGUUGGAAUAUGUGUUGUUCGCUGCAACGAGUAUAUUGCAAGUCGUAUACAUUCGUCGCCUCUUCAGCAAAUCUUUUGCUUACAACCGAGUCUAGUCCUACUUCUACCCUUAUAUUACAUUAUCAAAUUUAAACACCAUAAAAUUGUUAAGGACUAGAGUUUUUUUCUUGGUUUCAUUUGCUUGGUUUAGUUAGAUAGAAAUUUGAGCCUUUCUUUUUAUGAUAAUAAGUAAUGUACUGUGAAUGAUAUGUAAUAUGCAGAAGCUUGGUUGUAUUAGAAUUUAGAGUUAAACGAAUUGUUGAUUAUAUUAUAUAAGAUGAGAUUACUAAUAUAGCAAUGUUGGAGUUCAUAUUAGCGAUAUGAUAUGUAGGAUAGGAUAAGGAGACAGGUGA